CUUCUUCUACCGGCUAUAGCGACAAUGUGACAUGCCGUUCGGACGGAGCAGGGCGGAACAAUGCGGCUCGGAGAAAUAUUUUGAAAACUGCGAAUAUUAUUUUAAGGAAGGGCUGCCUGUCACGGGCAGUGUAUAGGGAGAAGCUGUAUUGCGUAGUGCUGUAGUAUUCCAUUGGUUAGAACCGCAGGGGCAGCCACCUCUUUAUUCGUUGCAAACAAAACCAAGCGAGUCUGUCUUCUGCUUUGGCUGCUUGUGUGGAAGGGACGGCUCAAAACAUCACCACGGAGGACGUAACCGACAGGAAGCGGGUUUGCGUUUCUUUAUUUUCUAUACCGUAGAGCAAAAGUGAAUAUGCCGUGGUUCCCCGGACUAGGGAUAGCGCUAUUGCUCUGGAUCUCUGGCCGCAUCGUCAGCUUCACCGCGGCGCUACCAGCAUCCCAAAAAUGCGACGAGGCGCUGGCGGCGCCCCUGCCCCACAGCGCCUUCGCCGGCUCCUCCACGUUCUCCAGCGGCUACGCGCCGGGCUACGCCAAGCUGAACAGGAGAGGGGGCGCCGGAGGCUGGUCGCCUGCGGAAAACGACAACUACCAGUGGCUGCAGGUGGAUCUCGGGAGCAGGAAGCAGGUCACCGCCAUAGCGACGCAGGGCAGAUACAGCAGCUCUGAUUGGACGAAGCAGUACAGGCUCCUCUACAGCGAGACGGGCAGGAACUGGAAGCCGUACCACCAGGACGGCAACAUAUGGACCUUUUCCGGGAACUCGAACACGGAGAGCGUGGUCCGUCACGACCUGCAGCACCCCGUCGUGGCGCGCUACCUGCGCAUGGUUCCCCUGCAGUGGAGCGAGGAGGGGCGCAUCGGGCUGCGGAUCGAGGUGUACGGCUGCCCCUACUGGGCCGACGCGAUCAGCUUCGACGGCCAGGGGGUGAUCUCCUACCGCUUCAAGGUGAAGAAAAUGAAGAUCCUGAAGGACGUGAUCGCCUUGAAGUUCAAGACUUCAGAGAGCGACGGCGUCAUUCUGCACGGGGAAGGCCAGCAGGGCGACUACCUCACCCUGGAGCUGCGGAGGAGCAAGCUGGCCCUGCUGAUAAACCUCGGCAGCAACCAGUACGGCUCCAUCAUGGGACACACGUCGGUGACGAGCGGGAGCCUGUUGGACGACAACCACUGGCACUCGGUGGUCGUCGAGCGGUACCGCCGCAACGUCAACUUCACGCUGGACCGCCACACGCAGCACUUCCGCACCAACGGGGAGUUCGACCACCUCGACCUGGACUACGAGCUGAGUUUCGGAGGCAUGCCGUUCUCCGGGAAGCCAAGUUCGGGAGGUCGGAAGAACUUCAUCGGCUGCAUGGAGAGCAUCCACUACAACGGCGACAACAUCACGGACCUCGUCCGGAGGAGGAAGCUGGACACCUCCAGCUUCCGUAACCUCACCUUCUCCUGCGUGGAGCCCCGCACCUUCCCCGUCUUCUUCAACGCCACCAGCUACCUGCAGCUCCCGGGCCGGCGGGACCACGAGGUCCUCUCCGUGGGCUUCCGCUUCCGCACCUGGAACCCCAGCGGGCUGCUCCUGUACAGCGCCCUGGCCGACGGGAUGGUGGAGGUGGCGCUGACCGAGGGCAAGGUCGGCGUCCACCUCAACGCCACGCAGAAGAAGAACACGCGCAUCGACAUUUCCUCAGGCUCGGGCCUGAACAACGGCCAGUGGCACGAGGUCCGCUUCCUGGCCAAGGAGAACUUCGCCAUGCUGACCAUCGACGGGGACGAGGCCUCUGCCGUUCAGACCAACACCCCCAUCCAGAUAAAGACCGGAGGCACAUACUACUUCGGAGGAUACUUUCGGCGUGGCAGCUCCGCGCCGACUCAGCGGUCCUUCCAGGGCUGCAUGCAGCUGAUCCACGUGGACGACCAGCUGGCUGACCUGACCUCCGUGGAGCAGAGCGAGCUGCGCUUCUUCGAGAACGUCAGCCUGGACACGUGCGCCAUCAUAGACAGGUGUAUGCCGAACCACUGCGAGCACGGGGGCGGGUGCAGCCAGACCUGGGACAGCUUCAGCUGCGCCUGCGACGGGACGGGCUACACCGGCGCCACCUGCCACACCUCUGUCUACGAGCAGUCCUGUGAGGCCUACAAGCACCUGGGCAGAACCUCGGACUCCUACUGGAUCGACCCGGACGGAAGUGGACCCCUUGGUCCGUUUAAGGUCAUCUGCAACAUGACAGAGGACAAGGUGUGGACGACGGUGAUGAACAGCCUGCCUCCGCAGGCCCCGGUGAGCGGGUCGAGCCGGGAGAGCCGCACGGUGCUGCAGCUCAACUACAGCGCCACCAUGGAGCAGGUGUUCGCCAUUACAGGCAGCGCAGAGCACUGCGAGCAGCACGUAGCCUACGCCUGCCGCAUGUCCCGACUGCUCAACACGCCAGAUGGGACCCCGUACACGUGGUGGGUCGGGCGCGGCAACGAGAAGCACUUCUACUGGGGCGGCUCGGGGCCCGGCAUCCAGAAGUGCGCCUGCGGGAUCGAGCGCAACUGCACCGACCCCAAGUACUCCUGCAACUGCGACGCGGACCAGAAGCAGUGGAGAGAGGACUCGGGACUGCUUAUGUACAAGGACCAUUUACCUGUGAACCAGGUGGCCGUGGGAGACACCAACAGGCCUGGCUCGGAGGCCAAGCUGACGGUUGGGCCUCUGCGUUGCCAAGGAGACAGUAACUACUGGAACGCCGCGUCCUUCACCACGCCCUCGUCCUACCUCCACUUCCCCACCUUCGAGGGGGAGACGAGCGCCGACAUCUCCUUCUUCUUCAAGACCUCCGCCCCGUACGGCGUCUUCCUGGAGAACCUGGGCAACACCGACUUCAUCCGCCUGGAGCUGAAGUCCCCCUCGGUGGUGUCCUUCUCCUUCGACGUGGGGAACGGGCCGGUGGAGCUGAGCGUGCGCUCGCCCUCGGAGCUGAGCGACGACCAGUGGCACCGGGUCAGCGCCGAGCGCAACGUGAAGGAGGCCAUCCUGGUCCUGGACCAGCAGCACAGGGAGGUGCGGCCCGCGCCCCCCCAGGGCCACACCCGCCUGGAGCUCUACAGCCAGCUCUACGUGGGUGCGGCCGGGGGCCAGAGGGGGUUCCUGGGGUGCAUCCGCGCCCUGCGGAUGAACGGCGUGACCCUUGACCUGGAGGAGAGGGCGAAGGUCACCCCGGGGGUGAAGCCGGGCUGCUCGGGGCACUGCACCAGCUACGGGAUGUACUGCCGCAACGGCGGCAAGUGCGUGGAGAAGUACAACGGCUACUCCUGCGACUGCGUCUCCACGGCGUACGAUGGGCCCUUCUGCACCAAGGACGUGGGCGGGUUCUUUGAGGCCGGAACCUUCCUGAAGUACAGCUUCCUGCCGGAGGCCACGGCAGCGGCGGCGGCGGCGGCGGUGAAGGAGGCGAAGGGGCUGUCCCUGGCUCCGCCCCUGGAGACCAACCUGACCCGGGAGGAGGUGUCGCUCAGCUUCAGCACGUCCAGCGGGCCCGGCAUCCUGCUCUACGUCAGCUCGCGCACGCAGGACUACCUGGCGGUGGUGCUGCGGCAGGAUGGAACCCUGCAGGUGCGUUACAGCCUGGGGGGGCUGAAAGAGCCGUUCACCAUCAACGUGGACCAGCGCAACAUGACCAACGGCCAGCCCCACAGCGUCAACAUCUCCCGCCACGAGCGCAGCAUCCAGCUGCAGCUGGACCACUAUCCUCCAGUCAGCUACACACUUCCCGAUGCAUCCGACACCACUUUCAACCUCAUCAAGGCCCUCUUCCUGGGAAAAGUCUAUGAGACGGGUCAGAUCGACCGGGUGCUGAUCGAGCAGUACAACACGCCGGGCUUCGUGGGCUGCCUCUCGCGCGUGCAGUUCAACGGCGUCGCCCCCCUGAAGGCCGCGCUGAGGUCGCGCGUCGCCGCGCCCGUCUCCGUCCAGGGCAAGCUGGUGGAGUCCAACUGCGGCGCCUCCCCCCUCACCAUCCCGCCCAUGUCUGCCGCCACCGACCCCUGGCACCUGGACUCCGCAGGUGCCGAGUUCCCAUUCAACGAGGAGAGGGUGCCAGAUGGGGUUAACCGGAACUCUGCAAUAAUUGGAGGUAUCAUCGCCGUGGUGAUCUUCACCAUCCUCUGCACGCUCGUGUUCUUGAUUCGCCACAUGUUCCGUCACAAGGGCACCUACCACACCAACGAGGCCAAGGGGGCGGAGUCGGCGGACAACGCAGACGCCGCCAUCAUCGUCAACGACCCCAACUUCACGGAGACCAUCGACGAGAGCAAAAAAGAGUGGUUCAUUUAACGGGACAAAUAUCUGGGAGAGGCUGUGGUCGAGGGGCGUGGGUGGGGGUGGGAUGGGGGAGUUUCUACUCCACCUGGGCCAGAUUUUGGAAGACCAGGACAAAAGCAAGGAGGGUGGAGAACAGGAAGACACCCCAUUUGGAAGGAACUGUGUACAGUGACUGGCCCGUCUCUGAUGUAUUUAAAUGGUGUUCCGAGUUUUGAGGAGUCCUGUCAGUAUUUUACGCACUCAAAGCAGCGAACAUUACCACCGAGAUUUCCUUUAAAGCGAAGUUCAAAACGCGAAAGCCAAAACACUAAAUCUGCCCUGUACGAUUUUUAGCUUUUGAUUUUACUGCAUCCGUUUCAUUUGCCUGAACAGUACAGUUCAGUGAUUGGCCAGCAUUUUCUCUUUUCUCUGUCUCUCGUUCUUUCUCUCUCUCCCUCUGUCUCUCUCUCUAGCUGGCGAACAGAAUUUCCAUUAAUGUGGCACUGAUACGUGUACGUGAGGGAGGCUCACUUCAGAAACCGUGACGUUUGAUUGUGCUUCUGUGUGUGCUGUACGCAGCUGCUCUGGGCAGGAAGAUAGAGGAGCGUUUCAUGAAUGUGUCGGACCUUCAACACACUGCAGCACCGUAUUUUUUAUCCUUAUGUCUGUUUACAACCUGCUCUUUCGCCUCAGAAAGAGUAACUGCUCUUUCAUUUCGCUUCACUCUCACCAAAUAUUUUUUAUUUAUUUAUUUAUUUAUUUAUUUAUUUGGUUGCCAAACAUCACACUGUGGGGGGACGUUUCUUCUGUCUGUAACUGUUGCUUUUGAGCAGAUUCAGAGGCAGUGACCCGCACCCUGCUCUUCUCUGUGUGAUUGGGGUUAGCGCUUUCUAACCGCUUGUGUGCUGGGCUUGGAUAACGGCUUUGUGCGAAGUGCUAGCUGAGUUUUUUUUGGGGGUCCUUGGAGCAGUGUUACCUGUACUGUACCACGGCUGAGGAGACAGCAGUGUCACUGUGCUCUUGUGCUACGGUCUCUUCGGCAUUCAGUCAUAUAGCCUUCUGUUUUGUCUGAUUGUAUGCAUUAAACUUGCAAUGUCAAUAGAGUACAACUUUUUGUCAUUUAAUGUUUUUUUUUUUUUUAGAAACAACUCAAGGAACAUGUGUUCAGAUUUUAGGUUGCCUGAUGUUAUUUUUUUAUUAUUUAUUUAGAUUUAAUUUAUUUUUUCAAGAUUUAGGAUUGUUCACUCAACAGUAUGUAAUGUCACAGUAGUUCAACAAAAUAAUAUGUUAUGUACUACUGCACACUGCAUUGAAUGUCGCUUCCAGGAAUGUAUGCACAUUUUCUUUUUCGGUUUGGUGAAGUUCAGCCUUAUUGGGGAUGUGUGUGAUUAUUUGACCAUACACCAGAGUGUUACAGACAAGAGUUUUUGGUUGGUCCCCAGCAGCCUUGUUUUCCUGUAACCAAUCAGCUGCAUUCAAUUCAGUCAGGUGACCAGUCAUUUCAUUCCUCAGUUUGUAUUUGUUCAUGUGAUCAAGGGAACACAGGCCUGCUUUUUCCUUGGUACCCUUUUUGUUUCCAUGGUACCAGCAUGGUGCCAUAUCUCAUGUACCUUGUAGGAGGCACUGUGGCUUGGUUGGGCUGCAUGCAGAUCAGCAUUGUCUACAAGCUGAAGAAGUGUAGCAGAAGUGAAAGUAUUGUUGGUAAAUCUUUUAACCACUGUCUUUGAGUGGGGGUGGGGGGUGGGGGUGUGGGUUAGUAUUGAAUGUCAUUGUCUACUGAUUUGGGAGUGUGUGUAAUGGUAGUUAACCAUUUGACUUGUGUUGUGGGGUUUUUCGGUGUGUUAUUGAAUGAGUCUGUCAUGCUGAUAGGCUGACAGACAAGGAUAGGCUGUAAUCUCCCAGAAUCCCUCAGGCAGAGGCCAGUGUGUGCGUGUGUGGGCCUGUAUGUGUCUGUCUGCCUGUAUCACCGCUCCACAAAACCACAGACUCUGAAUGUAAGAUGGCCGCCGCGAAGGAACUUUGCGCGUCAGUGUGAGGAAGAGGGUGGUCCGUAGUCCCUGGGGACGGAGGUAUGACCGCGCGCGCACACGUUAGUCAAGUGGUCGCUCGUCAGGUAGUUUGCAGAACUGUAGGAACUUGUGGUGGUUUAAAAAAAAAAGUGAUGACUCAGAUGCUCAGAAGUCUGAAACGUUUUUUUUUUUUUUUUUUUUUUUGCUUCCCCUAAAUGUUUUGCAGCCGUAGCUAUUUAGCAGUUUGAUGCAGCCUAAUUCGAUAUCCUGGUGAUCUAAUACUAACCGUAAUGGAAUAAUAUAUCAAAAUAGCACGGAGUUUGAGGCUUGCAGAGCAGGGCUGAUAAUUGCAUUUUUGAAGGGAAUGGGACUUGAUGGGCAGCAGAAUGAUCUGAUCCAUACAUUUUACACUGAACAGCUUGGAGACUUUGGGAUAUUAAUGUGGACCUUGAGAAUUGCCGAUUCCUAAUAACAGAAAUAUUGAAAAACUAGAUCUAAUGCGUACUGUCAUUCUUUUAUAAAAUCCCGUGUUAAAUCUCUUUAAAAGUUUCACUUUUCUGUUAAAUAUGAUCUCAGUUUAGAAUUUAGCGUCCCAAAGUGGCUGCAGCAGUUGGAAGUUCUGUAGGUAAUAUCAGCUGCAAAAAAAAAAAAAAAAAAAAAUUUCAGACCCACAGUUGGUUUCUGGCUUUUCUGUCAAGGUGGUGUUCAGCUAACUGGAAUAUUUCUCCCCAAAAUGGCUGACCCCUGCCGUGGCUAGGUUUUGACAAAUUUACCUGCCUUCCCUCAAAGACCAUGUCACUCUGGCCUCGCUAUUUUUUACUGUGGCCUCACGCCGAUACACUCUCUUAGGCACUCACACGUACACAGGCGGAAAAAUACAGCUGAGGCUUUGCACCGUGGGUGAGCCUUACUGAACGGCCAUCUUCCCUGGUCACGUCCAGUGUGGAAUCCCACUGUUCCCUCAAUGUGGUGUUCUCUGGCUUAAUGGAAUAUUUCUCCAUAAAUAAAAUGGCUGACUGUAA